AUGGAGGCUGCACUGCGCUGCAUUACCUCUGCAAAUCCGUCUGCUUGGAGCUCCCAGCUGCCCUGGGUGGAAUAUGCUCACAACACCCUGCCCAAUGCCUCCUCAGGUAUGACCCCCUUCCUCUGCUCUCUUGGUUACCAGCCUCCCUUGUUCCCCACUCAGGAAGUGGACAUCGUGGUUCCAUCUGUUCAAGCUCACAUGCGCCGCUGCCACAGGACCUGCACGUGGGCCUGCACUGCCCUGCUCCAUGCUACCACUAGGGCUCGGGCCCAGGCUGACCGCCACUGCACUCCGGCACCCAACUAUUCACCCGGCCAGAAGUCCCCUGUCGCCCCCAGCGCUGGCUCCUCCCCCUCCCCGGCUUAUCGACGACCACCCGGCGUACAUGAUCGUAGACUCCGUUCCUACAAAGACCUCAGCCUGACCCCGGCCCUGUCUCCAGUCCUCCUGCCUCGCCGGCUCAGCCUAUCCCUCGACCUGGCUCCCCGCUCCAUCCCCUAUACCCAGCCUCAUGCCCAGCCCAAGCCCCCAGGUUCCCCGGCUACCGGUCCAGACCUUGGCCCCAGUCUCCCAGUUUUUUCCGCCUUGCAAAUAAAUCCUUUUCCAACCCCACUCGCUGCCUCCUGCCUCGGUGUCUUGCUUGUGGGUUCAUUAGCCUAG